ACCCCAAGUCGACCCAAGGUUGCCUACAUGCCCCCGGCUGCUGAACCCAUGUGUCAGGCCUCGUAGGGUGCCAAGUCACAUAGCCUUACCAGGUAGACAAAGUUCACACCCAGACUAUGUGUGGAAAAGUCCCUCAACUAGAGAGGACUGGUUGGGUUUGUCAUUUGCUAACCACAAGGAGUAUGUUUGAAUCGACAGCCGGCCUUCGGAAGUGUAACCCGGGUUGUCCAUUUGGGAGCGGUCCGAUUCAGAUUGCCACGGCAUCUCAAUUCACACGUUUGAACAUGUUGAUCCGGGGCGGGAACGAUAGGGUAUCGGGACUGCCCCCAAGACGACAAUCAGGCCUCGGCGAAUGUCGCGUGGCGGGACGAUGGGGGCUCUCGUCAGGAACUGCCAACGUAGUCCACUUCUUGUCCCUUGUUGAGGUUGGGCCGGGACCGGACAUGUGUUUGAACCGUCCAGGAAGAAGCGCCAAUAAGCAAGCCCUCAUAGGACGAGUUAUCAUUCGAGUCCUCGUUACUCAGUGCGUUGGCGAGUCACGUCCUAUCUCCUCGUGCAUCUCCUCGGCAUCUCCGGUGAAGGGAAGAAGAAGCCGUUUCUCUCUACCUGUCAUCACCGUCACUUGACAGCGGACUCGAAUGUUCAAAGCACCUGCUUCUGCGUGGUAAGCGCGCUUCUCGCAUGCCGGCUGAAAUGACUGGUUUUGCGAAACCUGAUGGCUCCUCUGGAUGGCCUUCGUCU